AUGGAACCAAGGAGCAAUGUAACUUAUUUCAUCCUCUUGGGCCUCACACAGAAUCCAAAGGAGCAGAAAGUCCUUUUUGUUAUGUUCUUGUUCUUCUACAUCUUGACUGUAGUGGGCAACCUGCUUAUUGUUGCGACUGUAGCUGUCAGUAAGACACUGAACUCACCAAUGUAUUUUUUUCUUGCUAGUUUAUCAUUUAUAGAUCUAGUUUAUUCCUCUUCUGCUUCCCCCAGAUUGAUUUCAGACUUGUUCUUUGGGGAGAAUACCAUAUCCUUUGAAUCCUGUAUGACCCAGCUGUUUACAGAGCACUUUUUAGGUGGAUCUGAGAUAUCCCUUCUGCUGGUGAUGGCCUAUGACUGCUAUGUGGCCAUCUGUAAGCCCUUGCAUUAUCUGGUGAUCAUGAGGAAAAGGGUGUGUGUUGUGUUGCUGCUGGUGUCCUUUGUUGGAGGUUUUCUGCACUCAAUUAUUCAAGUUAGCACUGUUUAUGGGCUCCCAUUCUGUGGUCCCAAUGUCAUUGAUCACUUUAUGUGUGACAUGUUCCCUUUAUUGAAACUCGUCUGUACUGACAUCUUUGUCAUUGGCAUUUUAGAGGUGGCCAAUGGAGGACUGAUCUGCACUCUUGGGUUUCUGCUCUUACUCGUCUCCUACGGAGUCAUCCUGCACUCUCUGAAGAACCUGAGUCAGGAAGGGAGGCGGAAAGCCCUCCAGACCUGUGGUUCCCACAUCACUGUGGUUGUCUGCUUUUUUGUUCCCUGCAUUUUCAUGUAUGUGAGACCUGCUAAGACCUUCCCUAUUGACAAAUCACUGAGUGUGUUUUAUACAGUCAUAAGCCCCAUGUUGAACCCAUUGAUUUAUAGUCUAAGAAGUUCUGAGAUCAUGAAUGCUAUAAAGAAGCUCUGGACAAAAAAAGUGAGAUCAAGUAGCAAAUAA